AUGUUGCCGCUUGCAGGGUUGUCUUUCCUGCAGGCUCCUUUGCAGCCGUCGCCGUCUCGCGACGUGACGCCGCCGUGGGGCGCGCCGCGCCGCGCCGCGCAUGUGUGGCGCAUCCGGGUCCUCAAGAACCACGGCAUCAUUCAUCGCGUCGCGCGCGUAACAUCGGAGAGCUUGUUCGAGGUCGCCCUCAAGAAGUACGCCCUUGACGACCAUGUCCGCACUACUUCUCCCUCCAACCCCGAUGCACAAUGGAUUCUCCUCGACGCCCUUGUUCAUUCCUGGCUGUACAUAGUCAUCUCCUUCGACUUGAUCGCCAUGGUGAUGGAUUCCACCGCCUCGGCCUAUGACAUAUGGACACGCAUCACCGGUCUUUACCGUGACAACACUGAAACAUGUUCCAUUUACCUGGAGCAAGAGUUCCAUAGCCUCAUGGAAGGCUCCAUGACCGUGGUCGACUAUUGCCGCAAGCAGAAGACGCUAGUCGAUGAGCUCAUGGCUGUUGGUACGAUGAUCCUUGAUUGGAGUUUGGUGCUUAACACCCAUCAUGGGUUUAAUUCGCAGUUCACACAUAUGCACACACUCCUCUCCAUGCAGCGCCCGACGCCUUCGCUCCUCGAGACGUGCUCCAUUCUGAUCCUUAAGGAGCGCACCUUGAACUCCUUCGAGUCUUCCCUACCAAUGACCUUCUUCGCGAACUCUAGCGACAACUCAAAGUCUUCCUCCGUCGUCUCCUCCCAAGGCUCGGGUGGUGGACAACAACACACCAACUCCAGCAAAAACCAUGCCAACGACGGUGGAUUCUCAUCUAGCAACAACAAUCACUGCCGUAACGGUGGCAACUCAAAGACCAAUGGCGGCGCUAGUUCUUCUACUGGUGGCAACCGCUAG